AAGUCACCUGACUUAAAAACAAAACAAACCAAAAAUAGUUUGACAGGCAAUAAACUACUGUACUUUAGUCCCAAGAAUAUGUGAAUCCUGUAAUAUUUAAAAAGAAAUAGACAGCUUGUUUGUGUCAGCUGAAAUAAAUCCCAACAAUGUUCUACCUCCCUGAUUAUCAUCUCACUGAAUUUAUAAACAGUACGAACACUAGUGAUCCAAACUGUACUACCGGGGUGCCAUGGAUUUGGAAGGUGAUGGAUGAUUGUGUGAGAACAGAUAACGAAAUUGCUUCAACUUAUCUAGGGCUGGCAUCUAUGCUAAUCUGGAUGACUUGUGGCAUUCCACAAAUGAUCCAAAAUUGUAAACAUUUAGAUGGAAUGGCAGGGAUAUCUUUUUUUCUCAUGUUUCAGUGGUUUUUAGGAGAUUCAACUAAUUUAAUAGGCUCCAUUUUAACCAAACAAUUGAAAGUACAGAUAUAUGUAGCUGUAUGGUACGUGACAUCAGAUACAAUAUUGCUAUGUCAAUACCUGGCUUACAGAAUCAAAAACAAAAAACCAGUUGUAAAAGAGUUCAGUGUCCAAGCAGUACUAUGUAUAGGUGGGUUGUUUCUAUUGGGUGGUGCUAAAACAUAUCAUCAGUUCUCUCCCCUUGGCAGCAUGACAGUCCCCCAGUCAAUGUACACUCAUCAUAGUACUGGUAGAAAUUUAUUAAUGGUACCUCAAGUAGGACAUAUGCACAUAUUCAAGAAUAAUGUGGAACUAACUGGGUAUAUCAUUGGUUCUAUAUCAGCCGUAUUUUACGUAGGCUCCAGAUUUUCUCAGAUAUAUACUAAUUAUAAACUACGCUCUACGUCUGGCCUAUCACAGUUGAUGUUUUGGUUUGCAGUAUUAGGUAAUCUCUUCUAUGGACUAGCUAUAAUAGUUCGUGAUAUUGAUAAGGUGUUUAUAAUUAAACAUCUACCAUGGAUCAUUGGCAGUCUGGGUAUUAUCAUCCUUGAUAUAACUAUAUUAUGUCAGGUUUUUCACUAUAAAAGACAAAAUUAUGAACGACUUCGAGAGCCUCCAUUGAUUACUCCAGAGAGGGUUGAAGAUCCGACCUUUAUUGAGUAAGGGUCAUUGAAGUAGGAAUGAAGCAUCCAGGACCACCCUAGACCCAUCUUCACAAUGUUAAGCUAUAAAGACCUGUGUCUAAUACCUUGACUACAAUAGCCACUUGGGGCAGUGUAGCGAUUAGAUUGGAAAUCAGUCAAAUGAAUACAAACAAAAACUGUUAACAUUAACAUACAAUCCAAUCAAAUCCCCGGAUUUACAAACUUUUGCAAAAGGAGAAAGUGACUAUUGCAGUCAAGGUAUUAGACACAGUUCAUAAUAGCUUGACAUUGUGAAGAUGCCCUAGAUCAGCACAUUCCACGAACUCAUGAUUUUCAUGAUUGGUCAACAGUUUGGAGCUUUAAAAGUAAAAAAAAUUGCUCUAAAGUUCCUGUUUGGACCAUUUCAGUAAUGGUUUACUAUCACUUGGCCAAAAUUAGUUGGUUUUUAUCUUGCCUGAUUGAUAUUGUUGACAGAUGUCAACCUGAUGGCUUCGGAAAAAUUAGCAUAUAUGCAAUUGUGAUAAUUUAUAAUAGCACAAAAUAUUCUUUCCCUGUCCCAUCUCACAGCUGAAAAUAUUAGCAUUUAAAUCCCUAGAGAUCUGUUAUCUUUAAUUUACUCUUUUAUUGUUUUAAGGUUAUCUUUUUAUCUAGAAGUUAAAGAGGUUCUCUAACCUAGAAAUCCUUCUUUUAUAGAAAGAAUGCAUGUUUGGAAGAGUUCAAUAAAAAGUUGAGGGGUGUCAAAUAGAUGUCUGGCACACUACAUCCAGCGGUAAUUGGAAUUCUAAAUACUAGCUUUCUUUUCCAACAUUUUUCAAAGGUACCUCAAAUGGGGCCAUGUCUGUAGUGUCCAGGAUAUCAGCUUGUGUAAUCAAGGGUUGAGAUGUUGAAAAAACUCUUUCCCCUUUGAUAAAUCAAGAUGGCCCAUAUAUACUCCACCUCAUUAAUUUUCUGUUCUGUUUAUUUUGUUAUCUUUGUUAUUUCUGUAUUUUUUCACCAAAAUUAUUUCUAUUCACCUUAAACUUUAUGAUAAUAGAUGGUUAAUCUAUGAA